AUGGUUCUACUGAAGAGAAUUUCAACGUCGAUUCAUCCUUAUGAGAUAGAAAUUGGACAGUUUUUCUCAUCUGAGCCAUUGGCCUCCGAUGCGCGAAAUCACUGUGUCCCCAUCUACGACGUUUUGCGUCUUCCUGACGAUGAAGACAUCGCCUUGCUAGUAAUGCCGUUAUUGCGCGGAUACAACGACCCUCGCAUACAGACUAUUGGUGAGGCGGUUGACUUCUUCAGGCAAAUAUUCGAGGGCUUGCAGUUCAUGCAUGAAAAUCAUGUCGCACAUCGAGACUGUAUGAACCUCAACAUUAUGAUGGAUCCAAAACCAUUGUAUCCGAAUAUGUUCCAUCCUCUUAUCCACUUCGCCACCCGCGACUACAUAGGAACAGCGAAACAUUACACUCGCACCGGAUGUCCGACGAAGUAUUACUUGAUCGAUUUUGGUCUAUCUCGUCGAUUCCAUCCCGAUGGUGGCCCUCCUCGGGAAUAUCCAAUCUUCGGAGGCGACAAAACUGUCCCCGAAUUUCACAAGUCAGAUGAGCCGUGUGACCCAUUUCCUACGGAUAUCUAUUACCUUGGCAAUCUGGUCAGGGAAGACUUUCUCCAACCGUUCCACGGUGUGGAUUUUAUGCUCUCGCUUGCCAGUGACAUGGUCCAAGACGAACCAGAAAGUCGUCCCACAAUUCACCAAGUUGUGUCGUGUUUCGAAGACAUUCACAAUAGCUUGGGCUAUUUGCAGCUUCGGUCGAGGCUAGUGGGAGUGAAUGAGCCUCUCAUAGUGCGCAUCUUUUUUGGCAUCAGACACUUCUUUAGAACGGUCGGUUAUGUCCUGACCUGUCGCUCUGCGAUCCCCUCCCGGUGA